AUGGACAAGGCAAAGAAGGUUGCCGAGAAGGUCACCGGACACACCGAAUCCGGAGAGACUACCAAGUUCUCAUCCGGCUACGAACACCCGCCGCAAUCGCAGUCACAGCCAGGACUAGAGCGUGAUCUAGAGCCGAAGCCGACCAAGGCACACCUCCGCAGCGAAGAUGAAGACUACCAGCUGUACCGACCGGCCAACAAGCUCGCCGGCAAACGCGCCCUCGUCACCGGCGGAGACUCGGGCAUCGGCCGCGCUGAGGAAGACGCGCAGCACACCAAAGCGCAGAUCGAGAAGAACGGCCGGCAGGCGGUGCUGAUCGCCGCCGACCUCCGCGCUCCGACUGCCUGUCUAGAGGCAGUCAAGCGGGUCGUCGCCGCCCUCGGCGGCAUCGACAUCUUGGUCAACAACGUCGCGUACCAAAUGGAGCAGCAGGAUAUUGCGGAUAUCUCCGAGGAGGAAUAUCACCGAACCAUGCAGACCAACAUCGACGCUCCCUUCUUCAUGAGCAAGUACGCGCUGCCGCACAUGUCGGCGGGCAGCAACAUCAUCAACACGACGUCGGUCGACGCCUAUAUCGCGCCGCCGACGCACCUCGACUACGCCGCCUCCAAGGGCGUCGUGCUGACCUUCACGCGCGCCCUGGCGCACCAGCAAGCGAGUAAGGGUAGCCAGUACAAGUCCCGUCUCUUCAGCCUCACCAACUCGUCACCACCGCUCGAUAUGGCCUCGGCGAGAUGCUCGCAGGAAAUAGCUUCCGCUUCAACGCUUUCUCCAGGAUUUCGCAACGGAACAAAAUCGGCCCGCGUCUGCGGCGAGAGCAGCCGAAUCGGGGAUAGUUUCAGGCAUGAAGUGAUCCAAUGAGAGGCGGCCAGAGGACCCACUUUUGACCAUCGGUUUCACUCAUUAUAGACGGCUCUAUGUGGCCUCGCACAACCUAGCGAAGACCGGUUAGCAGAUCCGGGCCUGAGAUAGUACCCAACUUGUCCGUCAUGGAAAUUCGCCAUUGAAGGAGGGAGCCAAAAGAUGUCCCUCCACCGGGGACCAGAUUUGUCCCCAGUCGGCCGCGAAACAGAGAUAUCCAAUGAUAGUGCGCCU